CGAGCUGCGGCCGAGCGCGGCGAGUGGGGGCCGUGUCUCCGUUGCGCGCUCGACGACGAAAGGAUUAAAACCCCGCCGUCCUUCCCGAUACGAACCUUUGCUUAGUGUAGUGGUCCGGGUCUAGGGUCGAAAAACGUCGCGCCUCAUCAGAGCGCGCGCCUCCCCCGGUCGUCGUGCGGCUUCACGGGCAAUCGCGAAACAUUUGUACGGCCAAAUUGUUUUUCUCCGACACAAAAUAUAAGAUGGCUGCUACUAUAUUUCGCGACGAGCCACCUAUAUGCGCGCACACACACACACACACGCGUGCCGCACCGACGUCGAGCGUGAUGCGCGAGCGAGCCUCCUAAUUGGUCGCGCUCCUUACGCCAGCCGCGUCGGGACGCGCCAAGCGCGUCAUUCGCAGCUGAUUGGACGCGAUCGUGACGUGCGAAUUUCGUAUCGCGCGUGAUGUAAGGUCCGUUCGCUUCCGCGACGCUUCGUCCUUCUCGUCCUCCCGAAGCCCAGGGAUACGCGUCCCUUCCUUCAAGCGCGCGGACUGAACGAACGGCUUGUUCCGACAGCGAAUCACUUUAUGAAAGUGAAUAACUUUAAAGGCGACAGGUAUCGACCAAUAGCGUGUCUGCGAAAAGAUGGCUCCCAAUUGGCCGAUCGCCGAGGCCAUUUCGCGUGCGUUCACGAACGGUGAGUGAUUUGAAAAGCACCAUAUUCAAGGAGCGCUCACGGGAAAAAAAAAAUUUGUGUUGCUCACAACAGCGACAUACACGUUACGGUUUGCAGCGGAUAAGAUUCAGCGUUUAGAGAAAUGGCUGUAUCGUCGGAGGAUGUCAUGAAUACCCAGGGUCUCAAUGAUCCUGUAACAAAGGCAGUGGUUGAUAAUAUAAUGGGCAAUUUGCCUACCAAGAAGCCUCUCGUACGUUGUGAAGACUGUGACCUUUCCUUCACAAGCCAAACAGUAUUAGAUACACAUUUACAAGGUGCACGUCAUGCCAAACAGUUAAGAUCGAAGAAUAUAAUGGCGUCACUCGAAGAGACAAAAAUCGGAUUUACAAAGGAUGAGGAUACAAAUGGGUUGAAAUGUAAUGUUUGUAAUGUAUGCCUGAAUUCUAUACAACAGUUGCAAACACAUCUCAAUGGAAGUCGUCAUAAAAAGAAAUUAAUGAGAGGUGAAUGGGAUGGCAAAGAGGUUGUCACCCAAGGCGCUUCAUUUCCAUCAUCAACCGGUAAUGAACAGCAGCCUGUGAAGGAUCCUGCGAAAGAGGUUUCUCUUAGCUGCGAUAUAUGUGUCAAAUUCUUCAAUUCCCCGAUUCAAUAUGAUAUGCAUAUGAAUUCGGUAAAGCAUGCUGAUAAGCUGAGGAAAUCUAAGAACAAGAAAAGAUUUUCCCCCUAUUGGAAAAAAACGAAACUGUAUACAACCACUAAAGGUGAAGUACAAUCAUUGUCAAACAGCUUUGUACCAGGCGGUUUUACGUACCAACCGUAGGGUAUAUAUUGAAUAACCCUUGCAAUUUGCUUGUAAUUCUACAUCAACAAAUUAUAUUCGUAAUUCGAUUAUUGAAUGAUCAUUGUACAUUUAUUAUAUGUGAACGUAAAUAUUAUUUAAAUUUCUAAAACAAAAAUUCAAGCUGCAAGUCUCCGUAUAAAAACACGUAUCAUUUUACUCAUAUUUUACAACAU